AUGUGUGAUGAAAAUUUGGAUCGACCCCACAGUCUCUGGGACCAACAUUUUGGUACUUCCAUAGAUCCGGAUGAUGUUCUGUCCGAUCUGGACUCGAUUUCGACAGACCUGAUUAUGUAUCGGCCGAUUGUGCGGAACAAGCGACGGUAUCAUCCAUUUUGGAAAAGCGUAGUUAGGAAAGGACGUGGUGCGUCCACGGUGCACGCCAACAAGAACAAAUUAGAAGUCACCUUAGACGUGUCGCAACUCGCGCCGGAAGAGAUUAACGUUAAAGUGGUGGACAAAAAUGUUAUUGUUGAAGCGAAGCACGACGAGAAAGAGGACGAAUACGGUUGGGUGUCCAGACAAUUCGUCAGGAAAUACAUCGUGCCGUCGCAAUGCGAUAUCAGUCGAGUUGAAUCACGUUUGUCCAGCGAUGAUAUCUUGACUAUCUCGGCAGCCAGAAAGGAACCGUUGAACACCGAAGUAUGUAUAAUGUUCUGGAUCCCACCACCGACUACCAGUAGCGCUCCUAUAAAUACGAGGGUUGCAGAUGCGCAACAACAGUCUACUGAGAGCAAGCGACCAAGAAACAUCGAAGUAAAGAGUGUUAAGAGCAAGUACCAGAAUCACAAGUACUAA